AUGAGUGAAUUUAGAUUCUCAGUCAUGAACGAGGCCAAUACUUUGAAUGAACAAGAACAAUUACGGACUCUUGUCCGUCAGCAGGCUGAAGAGUUACAAAGGCUUCAUGAAUUGUUGAAAGCUAACAACAUUGAUGAAGGUAGUCUUUCGAAUCGAACAAAGGCACUUCAGCAGGUGGAACAGAGCGAGCAAAGUAUUAAUAAAUCUCUUCAAGAACAAUUGAAUUAUGCUAGACAAGAAAAGGCUAAUUUGGAAGCAUCUAUAGAGGCACGCGCCAAAUCGUUUCAGAAUGCUCUGUCAAAAUUGCAAAGUAAUCAAGGGGACACUAGCUCAGGAAUAUCACCUUCGCCUUCCGAUUCACAAAAAUUAGUGCUAAGCUCUCAAGAUCCUAUUAUUCUGCGACAAGAACUUCAAAGUGCAUAUGAACGCAUUCGACAACAGGAGUUAGACGUCAAAAAAUUAAAAUUUGAACUCGAAAUGGAGCAAGGACAUGUUAAUAUAUUAAGGCACGACAAUCAAAUGUUAAGACAAAUGACUGUCGAUAUGCACGUAUCAGCGGAGCAAGAGGAAGAAUAUAUUUCGAACAAAUUACUAAAGCGGAUUUCUGGCUUGAAAAAAGAGAAAGGCGAAUUGCUUCUACAAGUUGAACAAGAGGAAGAAUAUUUAACCAAUACAUUGCAAAAGAAACUAAAUCAAUUACAAAAAGAAAAAAUUGAUAUGGAAAACGCACUUGAACAGGAGCAAGAGUAUAUUGUGAAUCGUCUUCAAAAACAACUAGAUUCACUGCGUCAACAGCAAACUUACCAUCCACAUCACUCACGUGAAAACAGUACUUCAUCGGUUUCUAAUACAGGAAAUGUUACGCCUUUACCUCCGGCCUCUCCAUCUUCCACUCAUAAGAAGUGGAUUCCUCCUCAUUCGUCCUCACCAACAUCACCGGAUUUUGGUGUGGCAUCCCAAGGUGCUGUAGAGGUCCUUAAGGCUGAGAUUAAUAGUCUCAGAACUAGAACUGCUGAGAUUGAAAAGGAAUACAUUGCUAAGUCAAGUCAGGCAACUCGGUUUAAGAAUGAAUUGAUAGAGCUUAGAAAAAAAGCAGGUUUACCUGUCGAUGAUUUACUUGUCGAAGAACCGUAA